GUGUGUUUUGUGCUUUCGUGAGGCUUGUUUUCUUUCUUGUUGACGUUCAAGUUUGACAUGGUUGUGACGUUUUUCUGUUUUCACUAAUUUACAAUUUACAACUUUACAAGUGAUUUGAAGACCAAGCAAGAAGUAAAUGCCGGAUAUCUGUUGAUGGCUUUAUUAUUUACCACCGGCCAUGUGAUAUUGGGAUCCAUUCUAUUUCUCGCCGGCAGUAUGUCAGAUUCUUUUACCAAACAAAAAGUUUAUAUGAAAUUUAUUAUUGAUACUGAAUGAACAAUGUCUAAUAACACAUCAACUAAAGUGAGAGGUCCAGGCAGACCGCCUAAAAAGAUAGUUUCUUGUACCUGGUGUAAUGAAACCAAGCUCCCCUUGAAAUAUGUAUUUCCUACUACAAAUGGCAAGAAAGAGUUCUGCUCAGAGACAUGUCUUGCAGAAUUCAGGAAAGCCUAUGUUAAGGGGGCAUGCAUACUGUGUGAUAAUGUUAUUAGAGGCAAUAACUCGCCGUCUAAGGAAUACUGCUCAACCUAUUGCAUGAAUAAACACCAGAAAAAAGAGCUUACCCAUUCCAGGAUUGCAGCAAUAGCACCUUCUACCCCACUAGAGGGUUCCCCUGGACCAUUCCAGUAUGAAACAUAUCAACCAUUCGAUUGGGUUGAGUAUCUGAGGGAGACAAACAGUGUGGCUGCUCCACUGGCUUGUUUCAAACAAGCACCAAAUCCACCAUUGAAUGAUUUCAAGGUGGGAAUGAAGCUGGAGGCCUUAGAUCCCAGAAAUGUCACUUCUACUUGCAUUGCUACUGUUAUCAGCAUUCUAGGGCCAAGAUUAAGGCUGAGACUUGAUGGGAGUGAUAAUAAGAAUGAUUUCUGGAGGUUGGUAGAUUCCAGUGAGAUACAUACUAUUGGGCAUUGUGAGAAAUCUGGAGGGAUGCUGCAACCACCACUGGGCUUUCGAAUGAACGCCAGCUCCUGGCCGAUGUUCCUUCUAAAAACCCUCAACGGAGCCGAGAUGGCCCCCUCGAAAAUCUUCCAGAAAGAGCCCACCGGCCCCCGAACCAACCUCUUCCAAAUCGGCCAGAAAUUAGAAGCCGUCGACAAGAAGAACCCGCAAUUGAUAUGCUGCGCCACGGUAGGCGCGGCCAAGAACGACCAGAUCCACGUGACCUUCGACGGAUGGCGGGGGGCCUUCGACUAUUGGUGCAGAUACGAUAGUAGGGAUAUUUUUCCGGUGGGGUGGUGUGCCAAGUCGGGACACCCUAUGCAACCGCCUGGACAGAAGAAUAAUCCGGGGGCGAACAGAUUCAGAUGGUCAAGGCCGGCCUUCACCGCCGCCCCGCCCAUACCACCCCCUCCACCACCCCUGGCCGUUCCCCCCACUACCACCGUCACCUCCACGGCCGCCUCGGACCCCGUUCAAUCGCCGGAGGCCGACACCUCCGCCUCGCCCCCUCCCCCCGUGCUCGUACACGUGCGCCGCGCCUGCUCGGGCGGGCCUCUAAUAGACCCCGCCCUCUUGUCGGCCCGCCUCGAACACGCCACGCCCACCGGCGUCGCGCGCCUAUUGGUCGGCCAGCUGCUGGGGGCGUCGCACAAGGCGGAGAAGGUGCUGGCGCGUCUGGGCGGGGCGGGUAUCGAGGAGGAGGAGGAAGAUUGGGAGGAGAUGGCGGUGGCGCACGGUGGAAGGACGUAUACGGUGCGGUUGCCGCGGUUAGGGAAGCAGGGGGAUUUGGAGAAGGCGUUUCGGGCUCUGGCGCAGGCGUUGGGGUGCUGUCAAAAUCUGUUUGGUCUGGAGCAGACGACGAAAGAAUGCCCCCUUUGCGGUCUGAACGCGUCGCCGUCGCCUGCGAAACGACGGCCGCCCGAAAAAGAGGCGGCGACGUCGACGACGCCCGCCGACCCGACGUCGUCACCCGCCACGAUGGAGAAGGAGGCGCCGGGCGGGGGAGCGUCGGCCGCCGUUGCGGCGACGACGACGACGCUGGGCAAGACGCCGACGCACGAGUGGGGCAUCGAGGAGGUGAUCCAGUUCAUCGAGUCGACGGAUCCGUGUUUAGGGGUGCACGCCGAUCUGUUCAGGAAGCAUGAAAUUGACGGGAAAGCAUUCUUACUUCUGAACUCCGACAUGAUGAUGAAAUAUAUGGGGCUGAAACUCGGUCCGGCCCUCAAGAUUUGCAAUCUAGUUUUCAGGCUUAAGGGUAGAAGGCACAUUCUUUAAUUAUUCUC